GCUGAUGACAGCUGGUCCGAAAUUGCACCUUCCAGAGCAAAUAAAGGAAAGGUUCAGUGCUUUUUUAGAUAAAGUGGAAAAAUUAGUUGCAAAUAUAUUCAUCGGAUGAAUGAAAGUGAAAAUUACUAUUACAAAAUUUAGAGAUAUUAGUUUAGUGCAUAUUCGGCGCCGUUACAAUGGAAGUUUUUCAAACGGAUAAUUAUUAUAUAUUUGUGAAACGUGAAAAAAGUUUGUGGUGGCACCGUAAAACGUCGGAGUUUACAAUUAAAGCAGGCUGGGAUCUCUCCUCUGUGGACGACAUCGAGUGCAUUGGCAUUACACAUGGCAUUGUGGGCGUCAUCAGUUUGCCAAAUGUCUAUGACCCUCAUUUGGUGAUUAUAAAAGAGGCUACGCCGGUCGGAGUACUCUAUGCACCGAAUUUAGUAUAUAAAAUCAAGUCAAUCUGUAUUUUAAGCGCCGAUGAACCGGAUACGGUAUUGACCUCCUGCACAAGGCACUCGAGAAGCGCCAAUAGCACACCUACACAUUCGCCAGCAACGGACGCUUCCGCCACAGGCAACACCAGCAACACUGCUACAACGAAAACCAAACUUUUCGAGGGUGCACAAUUGAUGAACAAGACAUGGGGUGCCGUAAAAAUAGCUGGUAAUACUAUAAAGAAUACCACGCAGCAAGCUGCUGCUUUAGCUUCCAAUCAGAUGAAGUCCUCUGUCGGUAUAAGAGAUCCAUCACGCAUUGAGAAACGCAUCACGGAUGAGCUGCAUAAGAUAUUCGAUGAUACGGAUAGUUUUUAUUUUAGUUUCGACAGCGAUAUCACCAAUAAUUUGCAACGUCAAAGUGCGGCAGGGGAACAGAGACAGCAAUAUGAUGACCGUUUCUUUUGGAAUAUGCAUAUGAUUGCUGAUAUUUUGAAGUUUAAAGAUAAUACAUGGGUAUUGCCCAUAAUACAAGGAUUCGUGCAAAUUGAGCCUUGCGUGAUAGGCAAUGAAUGCUUUACGCUGGCGUUGGUAUCGCGCAGGUCACGAUAUCGUGCUGGCACAAGAUAUAAACGUCGGGGCGUAGAUGAGCAAGGCAAUUGCGCCAAUUACGUUGAGACCGAGCAAAUAUUGUCUUUUCGUCACCAUCAUUUAUCAUUCGUACAGGUGCGUGGCUCAGUGCCCAUUUUUUGGAGUCAGCCAGGCUAUAAGUAUCGGCCACCACCGCGAUUGGAUAGAGGCGAACAAGAGACGUACGAGGCAUUCGAGUUGCAUUUCACCAAAGAAAUAUCGAUUUAUGAUGGCGUUUGCAUUGUCAAUUUGGUUGAGCAAAGUGGCAAGGAGAAAUUGAUUGGUGAUACUUAUGCAAAGCAUGUGAUAAAGUACAAUAAUGAUCGUUUAACUUAUGUUACUUUUGACUUCCACGACUAUUGUCGCGGCAUGCGUUUCGAAAAUGUUUCGGCGCUCGUUGAAGCUCUGGCGCCGGAAGCAGGCGCCAUGGGCUUUCAUUGGCGUGAUCAACGUGGCGUUAUUUGUAACCAAAAAUCAGUAUUUCGCGUUAAUUGUAUGGAUUGUUUAGAUCGCACAAAUGUUGUUGAGACGGCAAUAGGUAAAGCUGUGCUGGAAUCACAGUUAGUAAAAUUAGGCCUAUCGCCACCGUACACCCCUAUACCGGAGCAAUUAAAGUCGCCAUUUAUGAUAGUAUGGGCGAAUAAUGGAGACAUCAUAAGUCGUCAGUAUGCCGGCACCAACGCUUUGAAGGGUGAUUAUACGCGCACUGGCGAGCGGAAGAUAAGUGGCAUGAUGAAGGACGGCAUGAACUCGGCGAAUCGUUUCUUCAUACAAAAUUUCGCUGAUUCCUUCCGGCAAUGCAUAAUUGAUUUAAUGCAAGGCAAACUAGUUGAUGCUAAUGAAUUGAAAGAGGAUGAAGUUAUGAAGACAAUAUUACACAUUUUCUGCCCAUCGACGCCGGCUCCAACGCGCGGUUACUAUAAUGCCGGUGUGCUCGGUCCGGAAUUACAUUUUCUGGAAAAUAUCGUUUAUACAAGUUAUUAUCUCGCGCGUUUUAAAGAUUCCUAUCGUCAAGCCACCAUCGAUCUCAUGCUCGGCAAUCAAGUGUCGGCCGAGUCGUUAAAUGCGUUGGGCGGUCAAGCAGCACCCGAUGAAACUGACGCAUUAGAGGGUGCAGAGCAAGCUAAACUACUGGUAGAGGAUUGUCGUCGUUUGCUACUCGGCUCUUCGCAGUAUCCAGUGGGAUCGUGGGGACUCAUUGACGCUGAUCCAACUACUGGUGAUUUAAAUGAAACCGACGUCGACACUGUACUUUUGCUCACUGAUGAUUGUUAUAUUGUUGCCGAAUAUGAUUCACAUUUAGAUAAAAUUGUACGCUUUGAAAAAGUACAACUACAAAAUAUAGUUCUAAUUGAACUGGGCAUGUACCAGCAAACCAAAUUGUUCCAAGGCUCUGCGCCAGCUUUGCUUUGUUUGCGUCUCAAUUACAAAGUCGACGGUGUAGACGGCUAUUUUCAUAUGUUUCGUUCGGCAAAUAUACGAUUCUUCAAUAAUAUGGUAUAUGUGAUCAAGACGCAAGAGGAAGUGAUGGAAUCCCUUAUGUCCAUUGUGGAGAUGUUCCGCAUUGCACUCGACAACAUAGGCAAGUCCGACGUGCGUUUUAUCACAGGUGGUGUCCUCCAACGGCGUAAAAGCAGAAAUCCCACGCUAGAAGUACCAAAGGGCAUGCCACGCAAUCUCUCCGAAUCUCAAUUGGUACAAAUCAGCUCAAAAGCAAUUUCUAAUGUUGCCGGUCAAUUCUCCAAAUUGGGGCAGUCACUCAAUCCAAAUAAAAAUAAGAAUUCCAACUCAAGUGCAAACGCACAAAAGCAGCAAACGAAUGAAACAGCAAAAAUCAAUCCACAAGUUAUGCGUCAAUCCCAAACGUCCAUUGAACAGGCUGAGGAGGCUGAGAAGGCAGUUUUUUCCGUUGGACGCGCUAAGCGUAAUUCGCAUAGCAGCACCGAUACGGAUGAGAAUGAUAGCAGUAUUUAUGAACCCGAACUGGGCUCGGAUGUGGAUUUGGCGAUCGCUGCAAAUAAUCUUACAGCUGCUGACGCUACUGCGGCUGGCAAAUCGGGUUUUAAUGAAAAUGAUUUUUUACCCUCUGUUGGCAUUGUGAUGGGCAAUACACAAGAUGGCGUACAAUCACCUGGUUCUGAUGAUAAUAUGGAUCGCUUAGAGCAAAAGGAUAGUAUGGCAAAGAAUAGCGAGGAUGUUUACGCAAUUUCAAUAUCAUCCGUGACCGAUCAUGUGACAAUGCCUACUGGGCUUUUGGAGAAUGCACCACCCGUGCGACCAAUAACGCCAAAUCCACAAAUUUGUGUGCAAGACGAAAUGGAUGCGGCGUCUGCUCAAUGCACCAGUGAAGCAGCAGCUAAAGAUCUCAACCUACCGCUUGGUGGUGUGCCAAGCGAUACUAGUAAACUAAAACAAUUGGCAAGUCCUUUGUCGCGUACCAUGGUGGUGAGUCCUCUCUCUAAAUUGGCCAAAGGCAUGCAAAAUAUUGGCUUAAAUUUGGAUCCACGUAAGAUAACAACAAAGACCAGCGUUCUGUCACCAACAAGCACUUCAACCGGCGGUACACCGCCAUCGGAGCGACAGAGCAAUCGUACGCAACUACAAGAGCUGUGGGCAGAGCAUGAAUGCAAGACUAAGCUGAUCGCAUUAUAAAGGGGAAAAUCGGCUGAGCAAUAAAGGGAAGAACUUUAUAGCUGUUUAGCAAAAAAAAAAAAACAAAAAAAUAAUAAGGAUUGAAAAAAGCUAAUUUGAAGUUUGGCCGAAACAGUAUACUUUCUACACUAAACAAAAAAGAAAAAUAAUUAAAAAAAAAAUCAAAACUCCCCACAAAAGUAUCGCUUUCGAAGAUAUUGGCACGUGGCACGAGUUUGAUUUUAGCUGACAUCGCGUUUGUUAAAUUUAAUAAUCGAGGAAUUUUUAGUAGUCGGUUUUGCUAAUUGUAAUAUUUAUAAAGCAUAAUAACGUAAAUGGUAUUUUAAUAGCAUACUUAUUGUGCGCAAGUGAUUGCAUACAUAUGUACGUAUUGUAGUUUUGUGUGUGAAAACACACUCUCGUUUGUUGCGUAAUUUACGUGUUAAUCAAUCGGAGUUUCGUAAUUAAAAUGCAUAUUUUUAUUAUAUAUAUUAAUUUUGUUAUGAUUUUUUGCGCAUGAAUAUUUAAUUAGGCUUAAGACUAUUAUGAAAACUGCUAGGCACUUCGUAAAUGUUAUGUUGUUGUUAUAAAAUUACGUAAAAAAAAAUUAUAAAAGAUACAACAUAAAACAUAAAUGUCAACUUAUUUUCAAGUUUCAUAAAUUCUUCUAUAUACUCGUAUGAACCACCAGUAUUUCUUGAAUACUUUGCGGUAUUUUGAUAUACAGAAAUUGUAAAUUAUUUAUAAUAAAAAGGUUUAAGACAGCGAACACAUUUUUCUGCAAAAUUUUCUUUAUGCUGUUUCAUGACAUUUAA